AGCACAUCUAAUAUGUUUUUUAAUUAUUAAACUGCAAAAUUAAAACUGUAAUAUAUUAUACAACACGAUUACUGAAUAACUGUUUAAAUAUAAUAAGCUGUUUAUAAAUCGGCUUUGUGCGGCUGGCUGAGCGGAACAGAGUUGGAGUUUUAUUUGUUUCCACACGGACGAAUAAUCUCGGCUUAUCAGCGCAGAGGAGAUGGCAGCCCUCCGGACGGCGCUCCAUGCACGACUUGUUCAGACUCUCCCCUUCUCCUUUGGCUCCCUGCGAUUUGCCAGCUCCUUUAAGGCAGCAGAUCUCACCAUCGAACGCAACCCGAAAUGCAAGCCGAAGCCCGACCCGUCCACUCUGAUGUUCGGCAAGCAGUUCUCCGACCACAUGCUGACAAUCAACUGGUCGGAGGCGGACGGCUGGGAAGCUCCAAAGAUCAAACCCUUCCAGAACUUGUCUCUGCACCCAGCCUCCUCCGCCCUGCACUAUUCAGUAGAGCUGUUUGAAGGCAUGAAGGCCUUCCGUGGAGUCGACGACCACAUCCGUCUGUUCAGACCGAUGCUGAACAUGGAGAGGAUGCAUCGGAGCGCGGAGAGGAGCUGCCUGCCUCUGUUUGAUAAAGUCGAACUGCUGGAGUGCAUUAAGAAGCUGGUGGAGCUGGACAAGGACUGGGUUCCUUUCUCCCAGGACGCCAGCCUCUAUAUCCGACCCACCUUUAUAGGAACUGAGCCGUCUCUCGGUGUGUCUCGACCCGGGAAGGCGAUGAUCUUUGUCAUCAUUGGGCCUGUUGGACCGUACUUCGCCACGGGGACCUUCAACCCAGUUUCUCUGCUUGCGGAUCCAGGGUUUGUCCGUGCUUGGCAAGGAGGAGUCGGGGCGUACAAGAUGGGAGGUAAUUACGGGCCGACCAUUGCCGUGCAGAACGAGGCGAUGAAGAAGGGCUGUCAGCAGGUCCUUUGGCUUUACGGAGAGGAGGAGGAGAUUACAGAGGUUGGCACCAUGAACCUCUUCGUCUACUGGACCAACGCAAAAGGAGAGAAAGAGCUCGUGACUCCUCCUCUGGACGGCAUCAUCCUCCCAGGAGUGACCCGACAGUCUCUGUUGGAUCUGGGCAGAGCCUGGGGCGAGUUUAAAGUGACGGAGCGAACGAUGGGGAUGAAGGAGAUCCUCGAGGCUUUAGAUGCCGGGAGGGUCCUGGAGGUGUUUGGAGCCGGAACAGCCUGCGUUGUUUGUCCCGUUGGAAGCCUCCUCUACAAAGGAAAGACUUAUCAGAUCCCCACCAUGCAGAACGGUCCAGAUCUUGCAAAGAGAUUCUUCAAGGAGCUUACUGAUAUUCAGUACGGACGGAAACCAAGCGAAUGGGCGCCAGUGGUUGCCUAAGCAGCUAUCUUUGCACACGGUUUUGAAGUCCUGUGAUUCCAGUUCGAAUGACCAGCGGCCCACUAAUGCACUCCUCCUAAACUCUACCAGCCUGAGGGGACGGAUGGGUGUCCCUGUCUGUCUUCCCGGGCUCUUUUCCCCUCCCUACUUUUAUUACGGACCCCCUCAAAGGAAAACGGUUGGAGGUUUGAAUGUAACGGUUCUGGAAAGCACCAAGAGGACAAAAAAUAGCAGAAUACAACUAUUUCAUUUAACGUUUUAGAAUAAGAAAGCUCCAUAAGUAAUUUUAGCUGAACAAACAUCCAUUGUGAUCAUACUUGUCAGCACAAACUGACACAUUUGUGUUAUUUUAAAAAGCAGCUACAUAUAAUGAGUGUGUAGAUCAGCCUCUCUGCAGUUUGCACUAUUAGUUCACUGUAGAACAACUUUUUAGCUGUUACACCUGUGUGAGUAUUUCCUGUUACUGUUGUGCACUCACUGAUCCAAGCACAAGUGGUAGAAAGCAAAGAUGCAGAAGAGAACUAAACGCUGACUGUUACUCCUGAACUAGUUUGUGUUUUUAUGAGAGCAAUGUAAAUUAUUGUAUCCUUGUUGUUGAUGUGAAAUUUGGCCAGCUGUCUUCCAAAAUGUCACCGACAUCUUGCUGUAUUCUCCUUUAACGGUUUUUCUCCUCUUUCUGAAUGUACUGUAUUUGUGCACAGCCUAUACCCGUGUCCUUCUCUUCCAAGUGCCUGACCGCCUCCGGUUAGCCCCUACUUCUUGUGUUUACUCUCUACACAUUGUAGCUGUAAACGAGUCAUUUUUAGAUUUCUUUUCAACGUGCUGUUACUUUUAUUCGGUUUUUACAGUAAAUUUUUAUUUUAGGUUUUAAUGCUUGUCUUUUUGUUUUCUUU